UUCCAACACCGGCUCCAUCUGCUUCGGUUCCAAAGUGGAUCGGUUUCCUCGGGUUGAAAACUGGAAUCUUUGCCUUUUGCUCCGAUUCGUUGCUUCCUCUAUAGUACUUACAAUCAAAUCUCCAAUAGAAAGCACUGGGGGCGCAUCACGCACCUGGCCCAAAUUAAUUACCAAAUAUUGCAGAGCUACUAGUAUGGCAGAUGUUUGGGCAUGGCUCCUCUUCUUCUUCAUUCUUAUUUCUCUCCUUGUCAUGGUUGUUUUUCAGCUGAUGUGCUUAUCAGAUCUAGAGUUUGAUUAUAUCAACCCAUACGACUCUGCAACUCGUAUAAAUGGGGUUGUUUUACCGGAGUUCAUCACACAAGGAGUUCUCUGCUUGCUCUAUCUGAUAACAGGGCAUUGGUUUAUGUCACUUCUAUGUAUUCCAUAUAUGUACUACAAUUACAGAUUGUACACGAGAAGGCAGCAUCUUGUUGAUGUGACUGAGAUUUUUAAUCAGCUUGAUUGGGAAAAGAAACAGAGGCUUUUCAAACUAGGUUAUAUCGUUCUUCUCCUCUUCAUAUCAUUAUUUUGGCUGAUCUACAGU